AUGGAAUUUCUACUGUUGCCUAAAGUGACGGCCAAUCUCCCCAUAACAAAUGUGAAUUUGGCUGGAUGGAAAAUUCCGACUGGUGUCGAACUAGCGGAUCCAGCAUUUUUCGUAUCUAAGGCAGUAGACUUGGUGCUAGGCAUACAGCAUUUCUUUUCAUUUUUUAACACCGGAAAUGAGGUUCGGCUGGGAGAAAAUCUACCGAUGCUGACGGAGUCAGUCUUUGGAUGGGUAGUUUCCGGUGCGGUGGAUAAUUUCCAACAUAAUUCGGUUACUUCCUGCAAUAUGACGGUCGGUCUGGAAGAAUUAUUAAGUCGUUUUUGGUCUUGUGAGGAGAUUGGUCCUCCCACAAAUUAUUCUCCGGAAGAGUUACGCUGCGAGGAGCAGUUUGCUCAAACUGUGAAACGAGGUUCCGAUGGUCGGUACACAGUUUCCCUACCCAAGGUUGAAGGCGCAUUGGCAAAGAUUGGCGAGUCAAGGGACAUCGCAUUUCGGCGACUGCAAGGAUUAGAACGUAGGUUACUGAAGAACGUAGAGCUGCGGCAGCAGUACGAUCAGUUUAUGGAGGAAUACCUACAACUGGGACAUAUGCGUAAGGUGGAAACGCGUUCCCUAGAGCAAGGAACUCGCUGCUAUUUACCACAUCAUCCGGUGGUUAAGCAAGAGAGUACUACUACUAAGGUCAGGGUAGUAUUUGACGCGUCUUGUAAAACGGCAACCGGUGUGUCGCUAAACGAUAUAUUACUGACGGGGCCAGUAGUACAGGAGGAUCUCCGAUCGAUUAUUUUGCGUAGUCGAACGAAGCAAAUCAUGUUAGUUUCUGAUGUCGAGAAAAUGUUUAGGCAAAUUGAAAUUAACGCAGCGGAUAGGCCGCUUCAAAGCAUCUUGUGGCGAACAGAUAGCAGCAAAAAUGCCGAAACAUAUGAGCUAACCACGGUGACGUACGGAACCAGGCCUGCACCGUUUCUAGCAACCAGGACUCUCAAACAACUCGCUAUGGAUGAGCGAACACAUUUUCCUCUCGCAGCAAGGGCUGUGGAUCAAGAUGUGUAUAUGGACGACGUUUUGACUGGGGUCGAUGAUGAGGAAACAGCAUUAAUGUUAAGAAUGCAGUUAGAGGAAAUGCUGCAGAAGGGCGGCUUUCGAUUGAGGAAGUGGGCGUCAAAUUGUCCCUCAGCCUUGCAAGGCAUGUCAGAGGACAAUUUAGCAGUGGUAAGGACCGAGGGAUACCAACUGGAUUCAGAUCCAGCAGUAAGAACGUUGGGACUCAUCUGGCAUCCAAACACGGACGUAUUUAAAUUCCGUUUUAAGGUACCAGAUUUAACUGAGGGCGAAACACUAACGAAACGCAGAAUUCUAUCGAUCAUCGCUACACUUUUUGAUCCGCUGGGCUUGAUUGGAGCGGUGAUAACAACUGCUAAGGUGUUUAUGCAGUUGCUGUGGUGCUUGAAGGAUGAAAAGGAUAACCGAUUGGGGUGGGAUCAGCCCCUACCAGUGAAGGUUCAAGGUGAUUGGAGAUAUUUUCACGGUCAGCUACUAUUGUUGAACGAGCUGGUGAUAAGUCGUUGUGUGAUUCGACCGAAAGCAGUCUCUGUGGAGCUGCACGUGUUUUCAGACACGUCCGAGCGUGCGUAUGGAGCGUGUGCGUAUGUCAGAAGCAUUGAUACAGGAGGAAAUGUUUCAGUCGCACUACUCACUUCCAAAUCUAAGGUGGCACCGCUGCAAUGCCAAUCCAUACCAAGGUUGGAAUUAUGCGGAGCACGCAUGGCGGCAGAACUAUCGAAACAAGUGGUUGAGGCUCUGAAAAUGGACAUGGAAAUGACCUUUUGGACGGAUUCCACCUGCGUCCUCAGAUGGAUCAAGGGUGCGCCGUCAACAUGGACAACCUUUGUAGCUAAUAGGGUAGCAAAAAUCCAAGUGCUUACCGAAAAUAAGAUAUGGCGGCAUGUUCCGGGAUUAGAGAAUCCUGCCGAUCUUACCUCACGGGGAAUUAACCCGAAUCAAAUUCAGAACAACGUUCUUUGGUGGGAAGGCCCGGCGUGGCUCAAAGCAGAAAGGGAAUUCUGGCCAGAGCAGCCAGCCGAGUCUAUUACAGAGGAUGUAACCCGAGAAGCUCGUCGUUCGGUUCUGCAUUGCACAAGCCAGCAGGAAGCAUUUAGCUCUUGGUACGUACGGAAAUUUUCGACGUUCACAGCGCUUUUGAGGUGUACUGCACACUUUUGUAGACGUCUGGAUCGUUCCAAAGGAGUGGAGCGAAAUGAACGGAGUGGCUUCUUAAAGGCAUCGGAGCUGAAAUUGGCAGAGCAGAUGUUGAUUCGUUGCGUGCAGAGAGAGGUAUUUGUGAACGAGUGGAAGGCACUCUCGAACAAUUCAGUUGUACAACGGAACUCACCGUUACGCUGGUUUAACCCGGUAAUGUCAGAGGAGAAAUUAAUUAGAGUUGGAGGACGACUAGCCAAUUCACUUAGUAACGAGGAAACUAAGCACCCCGUCGUGCUCCCAGCAAGGCAUCCAUUCACAAGGCUUCUUCUUGAGCAUUACCACCAUAAGUUACUACACGCAGGUCCGCAAUUACUGCUUGGUACGGUGAGAUUAAAAUACUGGCCGUUGGGUGGUCGCACCGUAGCACGACAGAUUGUACAUAAUUGUCAGCGAUGUUUCAGAGUUAAACCGAAAUCAAUCCAACAGUUGAUGGGGGAGUUGCCGGCAGCGCGAGUGACUGCCGCCCGCCCGUUUUCCAAAACUGGGGUGGACUAUUUCGGUCCUAUUUAUGUGCGCCCAGGACCUCGCCGCACAGCUGUGAAGGGCUAUGUUGCGGUGUUUGUUUGUAUGUGUACAAAGGCAGUGCACUUGGAGCUUGUGACAGACCUUUCUACGGAGUGUUUUCUGAAGGCAUUGCGUAGAUUCAUCGCGAGGAGAGGUAGAUGUUCGGAAAUAUUCUCGGACAAUGGUACGAAUUUCGUUGGAGCUCGAAACCAGUUGAAAUUGUUGUUCGAACUGGUACGUAGUAAGGAACACCAAGAGUGCGUGAUGAAGGAAUGUGCAAACGAAGGAAUUUAUUGGCACUUCAACCCACCGAGUGCUCCCCAUUUCGGUGGCUUAUGGGAAGCGGCAGUUAAAUCAGCUAAAUACCAUUUAGUGCGGGUUCUCGGGGAUCACGCUGCAUCUAUCGAAGACAUGAGCACUCUUCUGGCGCAAGUUGAAGGCUGUCUCAAUUCAAGACCGUUGACACCCAUGUCUGAUGACCCCAACGAUUUUGAGCCGCUGACACCAGGUCAUUUUUUAAUUGGAACAUCUCUGCAACAACUCUCAGAUCCAGAUUAUUCCACUAUUCCCAUGAAUCGACUCAGGCAUUGGCAGGUCAUGCAAAAGAAGCUGCAGGAGUUUCGGAAGAGAUGGCACUUGGAGUACUUAGCCCAACUGCAAGGAAGAACCAAGCGUUGGCGUCCUGCAGUUCCGAUUACCGAAGGGCAGUUAGUCGUUAUACGGGAGGAAAACCUACCACCAAUUAAAUGGAAGCUGGGUAGAGUUCAAGAGGUGCAUCCUGGAGACGAUGGAGUCGUCAGGGUUGUCACGCUAAAAACUGCAGCUGGAAUUUUGAAAAGACCUGUUGAAAAGAUCUGCAUACUGCCGGCAUCAUCAGCAAAAUCCAGCAAUUUCAGCGCGGGCGAGGAUGUUGGCUACUUCGAAUAUCACAACCGUAGUAAAUAUCACAAACCACAGCGAACCACCCCUGUCGGUAUUCAACAACAAUUGCUGCAUGGGACGUCAGGGCGGUGCGAUGACAAGCAACUGCAUAAGUGUCACCAGCAUCAGUGCAUCAUCAUCCCGGAGGUUGUUACGGACCGUUUUCGUGAUGUUCCACCUGAGAAGAGCGGAUUUCUUUGGCGCCGGUGGCUUCUAGAGCUGAACAAAACCAGUUAG